UGCAGCUGAAAUUGAAGUUCGAAGGCCCUGAAGCUUGAAGCUUGAUGUGGGGAAAAGUGCUAGGCUGUUUUAGCACAAGCGGUCCAAGGCUUGGCAAGAUGGGAAUCCCAAUCGACAAUCUGGCCCGCUCCUUUCCUCGAUAUAUUUCAACCUCAGCGCCCCUCGAAAGGAGAACCUCUCAACACAACAAAAGCACCUCGUCGUUCAUAUGCCACGCCACACCUGAUAGCGACAACUGCUUCAGUGGAGCCUAAAGUCUUCGUCAUGUCCACAUCCACGCCAGAACAGGAAAUGGCUCAGGCUCAAGCGGAGCGAAGCAAGUACAUCCUCACAGAACAAGAGCGCACGGCUAUUUUCGCAAAACUCAAGAAGAAGUCUGCGAACAAAGUAUGCUUCGAUUGCAAAACGAGCAACACCUUGUGGUGCUCGACAAACCUAGCACUCUUUCUUUGUGAAAACUGCGCAGGGAAGCACCGAAAGUCAGGCAUCGACUUCAGUUUUAUCCAAUCUCCAACUUUUGAUGAAAAAAAAUGGACUUGGGACCUUAUACGACUACUGAAAGUUGGAGGCAACGAAUCUGCAGCGCAGUUUUGGUUAAACAUGCGCGGGCGUGCUUUGCUCAACACCCUAGACCAUGAUGCUAAGUAUGAGACGGGCAAGCCUGUGGACGAGGGAAUCUGCAAGCUAUACACUAAAGAACUUAUUACUCGUGCGCGAGCAGAUGCUGCUCAACAGUGAGCUAGCUCUAUUUCGUCGCCUCUAGAACAGUGUACUGACAUCAUUCAGACUGGCUGCUGCAAAAACCGACGAGGAGAAGGAGAAUUCCCACGUCGUAUACAUCACCGAUGUUAUGGGCAAUGGUCCUGCUGACAAACCCGAAAAAGAGUUCUUCUCUGAGUUCGACACGCCGAAUAUCAGAAAGCCAACACCUCCUACUUCUCGCACCGCAACACCCGCAGUUAUUGGCCGAACGCCAUCACCCUUCCUCAAUGCGGGAAAUAAGAAUGGAAAAGGGGACGGGAAUGGCAUUGCACGAACCGCAUCUCCUUUGGCAGGAGGUACUGCGCUAACUGCAAAUCGAACCACCUCUUCUGCUGCCUUGCGCAAGGGAACUGCGAUUGGAUCAGGACCACGGAAAGCGAACGUGUUGGGAGCUAAGAAGACAAAGCUGGGGGCGAAGAAGGUUACGGGUGAGGUUAUCGAUUUUGACGCUGCCGAACGAAAGGCGAAGGAAGAAGCCGAGAGAAUUGCAAAGCUGGGCUACGAUCCAGAUGCUGAAGAAGCCCCCGUUACCCAGAAGGCGAUCACUGCCAAAGCUGCAGAUCUCCCGAGCAUAGCCUCUCCUACUCCAAUCAGUCCCAGCGCUAGAGGGCGUAAUAACAGCGAUGUCGAGCGACUUGGAAUGGGAAUGGGACGACUUGGAUUCGGCCAAGUUGGUGGCAGCAAGCCCGCUGCAGCUCCCAAAAAGAUGGGUGGAUUUGGCUCUGUCGGUCCAGCCAAGGCAGAAGAUGAUGACCAAAAGUAUGCUCGUCAAAAGUUUGGGGCCCAGAAAGGUAUAUCAUCAGACGAAUUCUUCCAGAAAGGCGCGUUCGACCCAAACGCGCAGUCUGAGGCCAAAACCAGACUACAAGGAUUUGAGGGUGCUACAUCUAUCUCAUCGAACGCAUAUUUUGGUAGGCCAGAGGAGGAGGAUGCUGGGGAGGACUAUGGUGACUUGGAGAGUGCUGCGAAGGACUUUGUGCGCAAAUUUGGUUCCACUGCAGGCGAUGAUUUGGAGAACCUUACGCAAGCUCUGGGCGAGGGAGCCUCCAAGUUGCAGGGUGCUAUCAGAAGCUAUCUCAACAGCUAGAUGACCUACAGCAGGAAAAGUGGAGGUAUUCUGAUCUGAAACAUGAGAUGGAUGAAGUCUGACGUUUGGCUUGAGUAAGAAGUGACAUGUAGAUCUUGUGUGAGGGAAGCUUGCCACAAGAAUGAGAGCAGCAGAAGUAGUAUGCGCGAGCCGAAAUUGUCUUUUGCAGUUUGCUUGCGGUUUAGAUUGUAGUUCUCAACUUAAUGGAAACACAAGAUGUUGACCUGAAG